AUGGGAGCUGUCACAUACAAAGAUGGAAUAGCCAUUCUUCAACUCAUCGUUUUUCCCUUCGUCCUUGUCGCUUCCCUUUUCAUCUGGAAACGAACAGGCUGGAGAGUUGGCGCCAAGAUCUGGCGAUAUCCCUUCACCCUUUCCCUCAUUCGGCUUGCUGGCAGCAUUGCGACAUUAAUCUCGAUAAAUGAUAAUUCGGAAGAUGUCCAGAUUGCUAUAUUUGUGUGCGAGUUGAUUGGCAUUGCGCCUCUGUUACUGGCUUAUGUCGGGAUGCUGCGACUAAUUGAUUUGGAAAAACAAAUUCCACCUCGUCCUCUCGCAUUGGUGACUCUUAUGGCCAUUAUCGGCCUCAUCCUUGGUAUAAUCGGGGUCAGCAAAUCCCAUACAACCACUCCAGGGACACUCACCAAAGCAGCCAUGGGUCUCUUCCUCGCUGUAUACGUGAUCACCAUGGUCAUUACUGCUUGGUUGUUCUAUACAUUGUCUUUGGCAUUGCUGAGUUAUCAGAAAAAGCUGUUCCUUGGCAUUGCCUUAUCUGCUCCCUUACUGUUGGUUCGGCUGAUCUACUCAGCCCUAAGCGAUUACACCUCAUACCAGCAUUUCUCAAUGAAAUCCUUGCUCAACAGUGACCACACCAGCGUCACUGUCUACCUGUGCAUGUCUGUUCUGGAAGAGAUCAUCUGCAUGGUCAUUGCUAUGGUCUUUGGCGUAUCGGCUGUUCUGGCGUCGGACUUUGUGAAGCCUACUCCGGAAGUGGAAGUGGAAAUGAACCGGAAGGAGCGGUCUAACGGUGUGUGA